AUGGACGGUUCGGCAAUUGGCAAACCUGGAUUGGCAGAUGUUGAAAGCAUCAUCCAUGACUGGAAAGAGAGAGUUUUACUUAUGUUUUCCAAGAACAUUGGUGUCAAAGAUUCGAAUCUGGCGGAGCUGUUAGCCAUGAUAGAAGCUCUGACUAUUGUGGCCAACACCAACAUUGAUCAGCCCCCAGAUAUCAUUAUUGAAAGCGAUUCUAAAGUUGUUACAGUUUGGCUAAACAAGGUCAGUGAUUGCCCUUGGAGGUACAAUGAGUUACUGAAUAGGAUGUAUAAUCUUUUUAUUAGGAUUAAAAAUAUUUUGCGGAUUCCCUUGUAA